AUGCUGGCGGGUGCCGCUGGCGGCCUCGCCCCCGCCAACACCCCUCAGUUUGUGCUGUUCACAGUGAGCGCACGCCAGCGCUGCGCCGCCCGCCCUGAUGCACUGGUGCACGCAGCACCAUACUCGAGAAUACCCGCGCCCGCGCUCACCGGCUGCCUCCCUGGCGGCCUCUCCUCCCCAUUUGCGAGUGUGCAGCACGACGAUGCCAUCACCCCUACCACCUACCAGGUCAUGCAGGCCAUCCUGAAGGGCAAGCAGAGCAGGAACGGGUGCCCCGCCGUGGCCACAAUGUUCACCACUUUCCAGGACACAGACUGCGCCAAGCUGCGCAGCCUGCACCAGGCCGGCUACGAGAUUGCCGACCACACCUUGACCCACGCCCAGAUGAACGGCCUGCCGCGGGCGCAGGUGGUGCAGGAGGUGGUGGGCGCGCGGCAGCGGCUGUCCUCCGCCUGCGGCAUCCCCGCCGCCGACAUCGCCGGCUUCCGCCAGCCGUACCUGCAGGCCAGCCCCGCCGUGCGCCAGGUGCUGGCCGAGGCCGGCUUCCUGUACGAUGCCACCCUGCUUGAGGAGCCGUCUGGCGCCUCGCUGACCCGCGGCAUGGCCGCCCGGGUGUGGCCCUACACCCUGCAGGACGGCAUCCCGCAGAACUGUGCCUGGUAUGAGCCGGCCCAGAGCUGCGACCCAGCUGAGCGCUACCCCGGCAUGUUUGAGGUGCCAGUGUGGGGCGUGAACGCGGCCGGCCUGUUUAGCAUGGACUACGGCGACAGCCAGCACGACGCGUACAGCGUGCUGCGGGCCACCUUUGACGCGGCGUACGGCGGCAACCGCGCCCCCGUUCCCGUCUUCAUCCAUACGCCCUGGCUGCAGGCCAACUCCAAGGCCAUGCAGAGGUUUGCGGACUACGCUCUGUCCAAGCCCGACGUCUACUUUGUCACCAUACGCCAGCUGCUGGCCUGGAUGCAGCACCCGGUGCCCUCCUCCCAGCUCACCCCCGCCAGCCUGGGCUGCGGCAACGCCGGCGGCGCGGGGCCCGCCCCCGUCUCCACGCGAUCCACCUCCCUGGGGCCCUCGCCCACCCCCGCAGCCCCGCCCAGCGCCUCGCCCACCCUGCCGCCGCCGCCGCCGCUGCCAAGCCUCAGCCUCAGCCUCAGCCCACCCCCUGCGCCCGUCAUUCUGCCCGAGUCUGCAGCUGCUGUUGGAGCGGCUCCUGCGCCUGUGCCGGCGCCGGCCCCGGCUCCCAUCCCGGCCCCGGCCCCCGCCCCCGCCCCCUCCCUCGCCCCUUCCCGCUACACAACCGAGCCAGUCUUCAUGUUUCCAUCGGACGACGCCCAGGCACAGCUGGCUCCGGCCCCGGCGCCUGCGCCCGCAGAGCUGCCGCCCAGCUCGGGCAUGGCGGCGGCGGCGGGCGCGGCGGCCAGGGUCGCAGCGGCAGCUGCGGCGGCUGCGCUGGCCCUGGCGCUGCUCCUAUGA